CCGUGGUCGUCACCGAAGACGAAGAGGCUUCUUCCGUUUCCGUUUGACAGCGGUGCUUCCUUUUCAGCCCGCUAACCUCGGAGAGAACACGCGUUCGCCUGUAUAGCUCAAGAUGCGUUACGUUGCUGCUUACCUGCUCGCUGCCCUGAGUGGCAAUGACAACCCUGGGGCCAAGGAAAUCAAGAAGAUCCUGGACAGUGUUGGCAUUGAGGCCGAUAGCACACGCUUGGACAAGGUCAUCGCUGAGCUCAAGGGCAAGAAUGUGAAUGACGUGAUUGCAACAGGUUACAGUAAGUUGGCCAGCAUGCCAGCAGGUGGCGCCGUGGCCGUUGCCAGCUCUGCAGCUGGUGGCUCAGGUGGAGCCGCAGCUCCUGCUGCAGCAGCUGAGGAGAAGAAGGAAGAGAAGAAAGAAGAGUCUGAGGAGUCCGAUGACGACAUGGGAUUCGGUCUCUUCGACUAAAUCUUUCCUAACAAUAAAGUUUCUAAAAAAGAAAAGAGAAAUGGUAUUUUAAUUUUCAGAUUUCUGGUUGUGGCAACUCAACACUUAUUUAAUAGAUAGAAGAAUUUCAGUUACUUCACUAUUUUUAAAUGUGAAAGUGAAAAACAUUUAAACAAUGUUAAUCCUGCCACGUGACAUAGUUCAGCUCUGAACUCAGUGUUGGCCCAUUCAUCAUGUAAUUGAGUGGUUUGUACGAAAGGUGGUGCUGCUAAUUCCUUUAUGGUACACUGGGAGCAGAAGCUCCCUCAUUAUGUUCUGUGUGUUUUUAAAUCAUGCUCAUAGCAUGCACUGAAUCCUUGAAUCAUAGAUGACGAAUAGUGAUGGCUUGUUGAAAGCUGGUAAUCAGUCUAAACCUCCAUCAAAGAUUAUCUGGUUCCCAAAGUGCUAAUACAGGUCUUAAUAAAAUUCUGAUCACAUAUCGCUACCAAAAUGUAUCCAUUUCUUCCCCAAAUCCCCAGAAAAUAUCUCAAAUGUAUACUUACCUUUUCGAGUUGUGCUACCCAAAAACAAAAGGCUGGUAAAAAUAUAACCUAAAUCAAAUAAAAAUCACAUUUUCUUGAAUGAA